CCGGCCGUAGCCAUGUCCGCGCUCCCAGUUCCCUCCCAGUGCUCCCAGUAACAGCGGUACUGGGAGAGAACGCGCUCCCCAUUCCUUCCCGGCGCUCUCCGUGUCUCUCCCGCUGCUCUCCCUAUUGUGCCCAGUGCUCCCAGUAUCGCUCCCAGUGCCGCGCCUGGCGCGGUUGUUUCGGAACCCCCCCAGGGCAGAGCGCGGCUGCUUCAGGGUGUCGGCGCCGCCCGGGCCGGGCUGGGACGGAGGAGGAGCGGGAGGAAGAGGAGGGAGACAGGAACAAGAGAAGGAAGAUGAGCAUCCCCAACACCACGGGAUUCCCCCGCCCGCGCGCUCCGGCCGCAGCUCCCCCGGCUCCGGCUGCAUCGCCCCCCCAGAACCCGCAGCAGGAUUUCCCAAACCUUGGCCCGAUGCAGGAGGAGGAGGAGGCUGCGAGGAGGAAGAUGGCCCGGGAGCCGCAGGCAGAGCAGGAGCUGAGCAUGGAGAGCAGGGAGGACAAAUCCCCACAGCAGAACCUGGUGGAAGAGGCCGUUUUGAGCGGCUCCACAGCGCAGGAAGCCAACGGGGAGGAAAAGCCGCGGAGAUCCCUCAUGAGGAGGGGCUGCAAACGCAGAUCACGGGGAUCUGAGGAGGAAAGACCCACCCUGGGCCAGGGAGGUGGCCAGAGCUCAGAGCUGGGGGUCGAUGAGCAGCUUCAGGAUGAGGAGAAGCCCCACAAGUGCUCAGAAUGUGGGAAGAGCUUCAAGAUCAGAUCCGAGCUGAUGAGCCAUUGGGAAAUCCACACGGGGGAAGGGCCCUACAUAUGUGGGGAGUGUGGGAAGAGCUUCAGGACGAACUCUGAACUGACCAUCCACCAGAGAAACCACACAGGUGAACGGCUCUAUGAGUGUGAUAAAUGCAGGAAGAGGUUUCAGAUGAGUUCCCAUCUCGUCAGACAUCAGCGGAGUCACACAGAUGAGAGGCCCUUCCGCUGCCCCCACUGUGCAAAGAGCUUCAAGGACAAGUUUGUCCUCGUCACCCACCUGCGCAUCCACAGCGGGGAGAGGCCCUACAAGUGUCCUGAGUGUGGAAAGAGCUUCACCCAGAGCUCCACCCUGACUGCCCACCUGAGGACCCACAUGGGGGAACGGCCCUACCAGUGUGCAGAGUGUGGGAAGAGCUUCAGGACGAGCUCUGAACUGACCAUCCACCAGAGAAAACACACCGGGGAACGUCCCUAUGAGUGUGGGGAGUGUGGGCAGAACUUCCAGAAGAGCUGCCACCUGACCCGCCACAUGCGAAUCCACACAGGACAACGGCCCUUCAAGUGUGGGCAGUGUGGGAAGAGCUUGAGGUCGAGGUCUGAUCUGAUUGUCCAUCAGCGGAGCCACACGGGGGAACGGCCCUUCGAGUGUGGGGAGUGUGGGAAGAGCUUCAUGUCAAAGUCCCACCUGGUUGGCCACCAGAGAAUCCACACCGGGGAGAGGCCCUACGAGUGUGAUAAAUGCAAGAAGACGUUUCCAACCAGCUCCAGUCUCAUUCUGCACCAGCAGCUUCACACAGAUGAGAGGCCCUUCCGCUGCCCCGACUGCGGGAAGGGCUUCACCCGCAACUGCACCCUCGUCAAGCACCGGCGCAUCCACACCAGGGAGAGGCACCACGAGUGUUCUGAGUGUGGGAAGAGCUUCUCCCAGAGCUCUACCUUGACCAGACACCAACGGAGCCACCACUAAGGGAAGCCCUGUGAGUGCCCCAAGUGCAAGAAGAGCUUCCCGCGCUGCUCCAGCUCCAUCCCCCACAGCAGGAUCCACCCUGGAUGAUCCCCAGUGACCCCCAGUGAUCCGUGGUGCCGGUGAUCCAUGUUGGGAUUACACCUGGCUGGGGGGCUCCACAUCCUCCUGGCUCCCCAUCAGCACCUGCACACAUCCACAGCCCAACAUCAGAAAUCUGAGGAAGAAUGGCUGCAUGAACAGGGCCAUAGAUCCCUGGAAAUGUUGUACAAGCAAACCCCAUGUUAGCUUGGCAUAAGUAGGCCGCAUGCCGUGAUAGAGAGAUUGCAAAAUAAUGCUGCAUCAUGCUGACAAGGACAAAAGGGCGAGGACAGCGACGAGAAUGAGGAAGAAAUGUUGUUUUGCAAUAGAAAGAUAGAGAAGUAAAAGUGACGAGAAUGGGGAAGAACCCUGUAUUAGAAACAACAAAGUAGGAAGAGUAUGUAAAUGUAACCUUUUGCUUUAAACCAAUGAACUGAUGACAAGUAUGCAUAAUUACUGGAAACAAUAUAAAAGUACCGUUGUACUCGAAAUAAACCGAAGCUUGCUUUACCAAUCAUAUUGGUUGACUGCUUGUCUUCCCUCACUGCCUGCAGAAAUCCAUUGUGGAGAGGAGAUUUGUCAACUUCUGACCCCAGAAAAAUCUCCCUUUUUGCAUCUUCUGGUGGCAUCAAGCAACAUUGA